AUGUCGAUCGAGCGAUACGAUAUUGUCAUCGUUGGAGCAGGACCAGUUGGGUUGCUGCUCUCGACAUGUCUGGCGCGAUGGGGAUACAAGAUUAAGCACAUCGAUAUGCGACCUGUCCCAACCGUCACUGGACGCGCCGAUGGCAUCCAGCCUAGAUCACUGGACUUGCUGCGGAAUAUGGGUCUUAAGCGUGCCAUCAUGGCCAACGAGCCUGCGAAGGUGUUCGAAGUUGCUUUCUGGGACCCGAAGGAAGACGCGAAGGGUAUCCACAGGACUGGUACUUGGCCCUCAUGUCCCAAAUUCAUCGACGCCAGAUAUCCUUUCACGACACUACUCCACCAAGGCCUGAUCGAGAGGGUGUUCAUCGACGAUUUGCAAAAGAACGGCGUCAAGAUUCAGCGACCCUGGAGGAUAACGGGCUUCAAUACCGAUGCGGUCGACAAGCAAUAUCCCGUCGAGGUCAGCAUUUCGCACGUCGAUGGUGACGAGCAAGAGACAAUUCGCGCCAAGUAUUUGUUCAGCGGAGAAGGCGCACGAUCUUUCGUACGAGAGCAGCUGAAAGUUGGAAUCACACACAAGGACCCAAUUGCGCAUGUAUGGGGUGUGAUGGAUGGUGUCGUCCGAACCGACUUUCCUGAUAUUAAGAUGAAGUGCACGAUACACUCAGAUGCAGGGUCAAUUAUGGUCAUUCCGCGAGAGGCGAACAUGGUACGGCUGUACAUUCAGAUUGCAUCGUCCACCGACCCAGACUGGGACCCUCGCAAGACAGCCACGACUGAGCAAGUCCAAGAGACGGCGAAAAAGAUCAUGGCGCCAUACUACAUUGAAUGGGAUCGCGUAGAGUGGUACUCUGUUUACCCGAUUGGCCAAGGCAUUGCGGAUAGGUAUACUCUGGACGAGCGCGUCUUCAUGGGCGGCGACUGCUGCCAUACUCACUCGCCAAAGGCUGGCCAAGGCAUGAAUACCGCAUUCUUGGAUGCCCAGAAUUUGGCGUGGAAGAUCCACCAUGUUGAGUCUGGCUUCGCAGAUCGCUCUAUCCUCAAGUCGUAUGAGAGCGAACGAAAGCUUAUCGCCGAGAAUUUGCUCAACUUCGAUGCACAAUAUGCCAAGCUGUUCUCGCAGCGGCAGCCGUCUGCUGGUGAGAUCGGCCAUGUGAGCAAGUCUGCCCAGGAUCAAGGGCAAGCCGAGCAGCACGAAGACAACGAUUUUAUAAAGACAUUCAAGGCUUCCUGCGAGUUCACCUCUGGCUACGGUGUGGCGUAUAACGAGAACAUCUUCAACUGGUCUGAGAACCAUCCGGCGAAGAGCCCGCUGUUCUUGUCAGAGAAGGCUGGCACAACAACCCAAAGACCAGGCCGCAUCUUGACCCCAGCUACCGUGACACGGGUGGCGGAUGCGAACGUUGUGCAUCUCGAGCAAGAGAUUCCUCUCAAUGGCUCGUAUCGGCUAUAUCUCUUCGGUGGCAAGCCGAGCGUCACAAAGAGAGCCAUCGUGGACUUCGCGUCAGGGCUCAAGAAGAAGGGCUCAUUCUACCAGACAUACACGAGGUCAGAUAGCGACAAAGUCAACUACCAUGAGCGACACAACCCGGACAGCCUUUUCUUCACCUUCAACACCAUCUUCAACGCACAGAGACCUGACAUUGAGGUUCGAGCAUUAUUACCUGACAUCCUGGCUCGCUACUUCGACCAUGUCUACGCUGACGACAUCUGGGACCAGCGCGUACCUGAUGCGAAAGCCGCUGCUCAUGCCAAGAUGGGUCUGACGGAGGAUGAGGGUGGCGUCGUAGUUGUCCGACCUGACGGGUAUGUCGGCUGUGUUGUCAAGCUUGUGGAAGGCAGUGGCACAGUUGAUGCGCUCAACCAGUACUUCUCGUCCUUUUGUACGAAGAGCCUUGGUGGUGUUGAGAAGGCUCAGCUGUAA